UGCAGAAGAGACCAUGCCAUCUGCCGGGAUUCAUGGGUAAAAAUGUACACUGCUGCCUUCUGGUGUUAUUUCUAUUUGUAACAACACACAAUUUUCCACUAUUUUGUUAUAUUUAAUUUUUUUUUUUUUUUUUUUUUUUGUGAAAAAAGGGUGAGGACUAUAAAAAAAAAUAUAUGAAUAUUAAGAAAAAUAUAAAUAAAUAUGGAGAUUCUUUUUGGAUUGUUACAAACAGCAGAAAAAAAAUUAAAUAGGCAAUUCCUAUAAUAAUAAUUAUAAUAAUAAUAACGAUAAAUUAAAAAUAAAUCACCUUGCAGUGCCGCACUUUCUACUCCUAAAAAGUCAAUAAAAUUAAUAACAUACAAUCAAUGAUAUAGGCUACAUUUGCAUACAGAAUUGAUAUAAGAAUACAACUCUAGUUUUUGUUAAAUGUUAAAUACCCUCAAGAAAAAUAAAUAUAUUUUUAAAAACCUAAAAAAAAAAAAAAAAACCGCUACAGUUAAGGAAAAUGUAAAACAAAAUGUAAACAGACCACAUUCUACCACUAUAAUAGCUGUUGCAAAUACGUUUUGUAUUCUCGUUGCUUAUUUCGUAAACAUACUUGCUGUGGACAAGGGCGUGAGCACAAAAACACGUCUAGGCUCGCGUCUUUACACUAUCAACUUUAAACAUGUAACAAACGGCAAGUCAAAUCCUGUGAGGCAGUGUCUGAAUAACACUGCAAUGUGCAUGAAGCAUCCUUCCUGCAUUGUGGGCGUGUGUACAGAUUUUUAAAGGAAUCCUAGAACUUUGAUUGGUUCAAGUUUGCUUUUCUGUCCAGUGAUUGGGCAAUUCUAUCAGCUGCAACGAUCUGAUUGGCCGCUUGGUCUGUACUCAAAUUCAAACGUGCGAGGACGCACUCUGGUUUUAAACGGUAUUCUGUAGCUCAGCAUCACAGACACAUGGAUUUACCGAAACGUCGUCUAUUUAGUUGAGUUAAACAUGUCGUUUAAAAUCGCGAAAGCGGAGUGUUUGGACUUUAGUCCAACAUUUGAUUCUCACUGUAGUCGCGAUAAACCUGGCAAGGAAAACAACACUUCAAUUCCUGUGCUGAGUUUGCUUCAGUUUUCUAGGUCCCCCUUCGUGUCAUUUGGGACGAUCAAGUUGGGAUCAUCAAAAUCUCUACCUUUACGAAUUGAAAAUCCCACCGAGGAUGCAACAACAACAGUCAUAGUGGAUAAAAUUUCAGCAUCCAAAGGCUUUUCGGUUGAUCAGACGUGUUUUACAAUACAGCCUGAGGACAGCAUUAUUUUAACUGUCACUUGGACACCAGUGGAAGAAGGUGGAGUUCGAGAACUCCUCAGCUUUGUUGCAAAUGGUAUUGUCAAACAUCAAGCGAUAUUGCUUGGGAAAGCAGAGGCGACAAAAAAGAAAAAGAAAACCCUAUGGGAUUCAAUUAAAUCCAAGAAGGGGGUCCCGGCACCCUCAAAAGAGAAGAAAGUCAGAUCAAUGCCAAUUAAGGCAGUGAAUAAGACAUUUCAUGUGUCUCGCCAGUUGCAGUACAGAAAAGAUAGAAUGUCCAACCCACUGUCGCCAUUAAACCAGGAACGGUCUGCCUAUGGUUCCAGUGGCACUAGGGCAAAUGCACCAUCCUCCACUCCUGAGAUGCCAAAGCCUGCUUUUGUAACAGAAAAUUUUGAUGAUGUGCAUUUGCAAAAAAACUCACCAGUGGUUGUCUUAGUACCAGCAGAGAGAUUGUUUGAUACACCUGGUAAAAAGGGUGUGCCUUGUUCACGUAAACCAGAGUGCAGAGAAAUGAAUAGGGUUUUGAAUAAAACACUCUCUCCUGCUAGCACCCCAGAGAGGUUUGGAAAUCCAUGCUUUCAGAGUCCGCUUCCCGUAAUUGCACAAAACGUGCGAGAUGAAAGACGAGAGCCAGAGAAACAGUCUUUGUCUGUAAAAGAUGCUCUGGAUGUUAUAGGAUCAGAUCUGUCGCAUGCAGUGAGCCCACCGAAUGCUUGCUCAAGCUUUGAUUUUUCUGAUUCUCUUGAGUCUGAAAAACAGAUUCCAGUAACAUCAUUUAGAGCGACUGCAGUCAUUUCACCACCAGUUGAAGUUGCUCACCCAAGGUUGACUUUCUGUGUGAAACCCAAUAAAGUCAUAGGAGUUGAAUCAAAUCAUCAUGCAUUUAGGCUCAAGGCAUUACCUUUUAGCACUGCCACAGUGACCAAGUUGAACAAAGUUGAUGACACCCUUGUUCCUGAUGGUCCCAAGAAGUUUCCUGUGAAUUCUACCACAGUGACCAAAAGCAAAACAGAAGCCUCUGUCGAGAGUCCAGGCUUACGAAAGAAGAAAACCUCCAGGCGUAGGCUCUUAGAGAAGACCAUGGAGCUCUCAGAACCUAGUAAUGCAGAAUCUAACACAAGUUCUCCAGACAGCAUCUCCACUCUACCUGUCAUUAGCUCAGAUUCAAGUCCAGAUGUGGCACUAGAGUCCAAAUGUCUCAUAACUUCAAUGCCAGCUGCAAAAGAGUGGCUGACAUCAUAUGGAUCCCCUCCUGAACAGCUUUUGUCCUCCAUAUCUCCCAUACGACCUAAAGUUUUGCCCUCUGUUAGUAGCAGUAACAGUCCGUCAAGUGGUCUGAAGUUGACAGUCGGAAACGUCUCUGAUAAAGUGCAACCAGGUCUGUCUAAGGACCAGUUUCCUGUGCAAUGCAUGACAUUUGUGCAGAGUAAAAAGAGAAAAAGUGAUGAGUUUUUGCGAGGUCAUUUGGAAGAUAUGUCAAACGUCCAAGCGAAAAAGUGCCGUGCUCCAGCCCAUGUGACAGAGCUUAAGAAACCAAGCCAAGAAAGAACGUUCGCUUCAAGGUCGACAUCUGGACAACAACAAAAAGCUAUAGCUCCACCAAGCUCCAGAAAGUUCACAAAACCUCCAGCAAAGAAAUCAUUUCCAAAAACAACUCAAAAAGAUGGUCAGUCUGGGAGGUCACUGAGCAGUUCAACUCGAAAGCCUGCGAGGAUCGUGGCUGUGGCUCAGGCCAAACUGACCUUCAUGAAGCCGACACAGACGGCCAUACCAAGGCAUCCUUUGCCAUUUGCUGCAAAGAACAUGUUUUAUGAUGAGCGAUGGAUUGAAAAGCAGGAGCGAGGCUUUUCCUGGUGGAUGAAUUAUGUUCUCACUCCUGAUGACUUCAAAGUUGCAACAGAAGUUACCAAAGUGAAUGCCUUGUCAUUAACUAUGGGGAAUGAAAAAUUCAACAUACCCAAAGCACCAACAAAAGAAGAGUUGUCGUUUAGAACUUACACAGCCCGUCAACGGCUAAACCGCCUUCGGCGAGCAGCUUGCAAGCUGUUUACGUCAGACACCAUGGUGAAGGCCAUCCAGAGACUGGAGCUGGAAGUAGAAGCCAAGAGGCUCCUUGUGCGAAAGGACAGACAUCUCUGGAAGGACAUAGGUGAGCGUCAGAAAGUUCUUAACUGGCUGAUAUCAUACAAUCCACUUUGGCUACGAAUAGGACUUGAGACAAUCUUUGGAGAGCUAAUAUCACUCGAAAGCAACAGUGAUGUCAUGGGACUGGCCAUGUUUAUUCUUGGACGUCUGCUGUGGAAUCCAGACAUAGCCGCUGAGUUCAGGCACUCUAAAGUUCCCAAUUUGUACAGAGAUGGCCAUGAGGAGGUGCUGUCUCGCUUCACUCUAAAGAAACUAUUACUGCUGGUCUGCUUUCUGGAUAAAGCCAAAGAGUCCAGACUGAUUGAACACGAUCCUUGUUUGUUCUGCAUGGAUGCUGAAUUUAAGUCAAGCAGAGAUCUGCUAUUGGCGUUCUCACGAGACUUCCUCAGUGGUGAAGGCAUUUUGUCACGUCACCUCAGCCACUUGGGCCUAGCAGUAUCUCAUGUUCAGACUCCUCUGGAUGAGUUCAACUUUGCAGUGAAGAAUCUUGCUGUUGACUUGAGAUGUGGCAUUCGUUUGGUGCGGGUCAUGGAGCUCUUCACUCUGGACUGGACUUUAUCUAGAAAGCUGCGGAUUCCUGCUAUUAGCCGCCUGCAGAAAGUGCACAAUGUUGAUGUUGCACUGCAGGUUCUGAAAGACAAAGGUGUUGACCUUAAAGAUGAGCAUGGAGCGUACAUUGACUCCAGAGACAUUGUGGAUGGACACCGGGAAAAGACCCUAAACCUCCUUUGGAAAAUCAUAUUUGCUUUCCAGGUGGAAGUGCUACUUGAUGAGAGUCAGCUCAAAGAGGAAAUCAGUUUCCUCAGGAAAACCUGGAGAACAAAACAGAAACUGGCUUCAAUAAUGUCUAACAAAGGUGUUGCAGUGACAAGAAUGAAAGCGAGACAAGCAUUUGAACAUCCCAGCCAGAAGGUGACGCUUCUUCUGGACUGGGUCAAUGCUGUUUCUGAGUUCUACAACUUAAAGGCUGAAAACUUCACGGUGUCAUUCUCAGAUGGUCGUAUCCUGUGCUACCUCAUUCAUCAUUACCAUCCUGGUCAUCUUCCUGCAGAGGAGAUACAACAGAGAACAACGCAGACCAUAGAAUGUGGCCAUCGCGGCAGAGUGGAGCUCAAUAACUCCUCGAGUGACUCAGACUGCUCUUUUGAAAAUUUGCCCACAACACAAACUGAACACCUGUCAGUGGACUUCAGAGAGCUACUCGAGAAUGAGAGAAGCAACUUUCAUUUGGUGAACACCGCUGUGUCUUAUCUUGGAGGGGUGCCUGCUAUGAUAAAUCCAGAGGAUAUGUCCAACACUAUCCCAAAUGAAAAGGUUGUCACAUGUUACCUCUCAUUCCUUUGUGCCCGUCUUUUGGAUCUCCGCAAUGAAACGAGAGCAGCCCGAGUCAUCCAGGGCGCAUGGCGGAGAUACAAGCUACAGAAGGACAUUGAGCUUACUCGGCAAAAGAACCUGGCUGCCACUAAAAUCCAAGCCCUUGUGCGGACUUUCAUCUUGAGAAGAAGAAUGAUACGACAGAAUAAGGCAGCCAUCAAGAUCCAAACAUUCUGGAGAGGAUACAGUGCACGUGAAAAAUUGAGAGUGCUGAAAAAAGAGAGAUAUUUUGCUCUUCAAAAUGCAGCUGCAACUCUAAUUCAGAAAACAUACAAAGCUUGGAGGGUUCAAAGUCUCCUAAAGAAAAACCGUGCCGCCAGUGUGAUCCAAGCAGCUUUCCGGAAGUGGCAUACAAAAAAAGUUCUGGAAAAAAACACUGCAGCCUUGCGCAUUCAAGCAUGGUACAAAAUGCAGCGUUGUAAAACCCAGUACCUGGAUAUGAAAAGGAAAGCGGUCUGUGUUCAAGCAUGGUUUCGAGGUCACCUGCAAAGAUGCAAGUUUCAGACUUUAAAGAAAAGGCACAAUGCUUCAAUUGUCAUUCAGAGUGCAUUCAGGGCCUACCUUGUCAGACAACAGAUAUCUAAAAUGGAGCAAAAUGCAGUCAUGAUUCAAAGGUGGUUUCGAGCCUGCAUGCAAAGGAAAGUAGAUCAGAAGAGGUUUUUUGAGAUUAAAUCGGCAGUUCUGGCUCUGCAAGCAGCUUUCCGUGGAUGGAAGGUCCGUAGAUCUGUGGCUCAAUGCCAGCACGCUGCACUUCUGAUUCAAACUGCUUUCAGGCGGUUUAUAGCUCAAAGGCACUUUUUGUGUUUGAAAAGAGCAGCCAUUGUUCUGCAACAGAGAUACAGAGCUAAAGUAUUUGGAGAAAAGUUACGACAAGAGUAUAUGGCUCUUAAAUCUGCUUCAGUGACAAUUCAAGCGUUGUGGCGAGGACGAGCUGAGCGGAAGAAGAUCAGUCAGCUCCACAGAUUUGCCAAAAUCAUUCAGUCAAACUAUCGUAGAUAUGCGGCACAGACACUGUUUUUGGAAAUGAAACGGGCUGUCGUAGUCAUUCAAAGACAGUACAGAGCCUUCAGAGAUGGACAGAAAGUGUACGUGGAAUACACUGAAAUGAAAAGAGCAGCCAUUGUGCUACAGAGUGCUUAUCGUGGCAGGAGAGUAAGACAAGAACUGCAGAAGAAAAACAAAGCAGCAACUUUGAUUCAGUCUGUGAUAAGAGCACAUAGUUGCCGCCAGCAGUUUUUAGCUCAAAAGCGUGCUGCUAUUGUCAUUCAGCAACGUCAUCAGGCUUUUGCAUAUGGACGGUUGCAAAGAAGCCAUUACAUCCAUUUGAGGCAGGUGACUAUAACUCUACAGGCCAUAUAUCGGGGGUCCAAAGUGAGGCAAAAUCUGAGACGAAAGCAUCAAGCCGCCACUAUCAUUCAAGCUCAAUUCCGAAUGCAUAAAGUACACAUUGCCUUUGUUGCUGCAAAGUGUGCAGCUAUCAUCAUACAGCAGCAAUACAGAGCUUACAGAGUUGGCAAAUGCAUUCAAGCUACUUACUUGCAAAUGAAAAAUGCUGCUGUAGUUAUUCAGUCAGCAUUCAGGGGAAUGAAAGUUCGCAACUACUUACGAAAAUCGCACCAAGCUGCAACAGUGAUUCAGGCACGUUUUCGUGGACAUUCCCAACUCAAAAAGUACAAGAGACAACAGUGGGCGGCAUCAGUUUUACAGCUGCGAUUCAGGGCAAUGAUGACUAAAAAUGCUGUCAUGAAGCAAUAUGGAGCCAUAAAAACAGCUGCCAUAUGUAUCCAGUCAGCUUUCCGUGGAAUGAUGGUAAGAAAGGAGAUUGCAGAAAGGCACAAAUCUGCUAAAAUUAUCCAGAAGACGUAUAGAGCAUACAAGCAACGCCGUGAUUACCUUGCUCUCAGAAAUGCCACCAUCUGUAUUCAGCAACAGUACAGAGCAAUUGUAAGUGCAAGGCAACAACAUAAAAGGUAUUGCUCCUUGCGAGCAGCUGCCAUCACUUUGCAGUCUGUGUACCGAGGGACGAGACUAAGGAAAGAAAUCGAUAAAAAGCAUAAAGCGGCCACUGUGAUUCAGGCAAUGUACAAAAUGUACAGAACUAGAGUGCCAUUCCAAGCUAUGAAACUGGCUUCAUUGGUCAUACAGAGGCAAUACAGGUGCCAUUUACUGAGAAAAGAGGCAAGAGAGAACUUUUUAAAGCUGCAGCGUAGCGUGACAACAAUUCAGGCUGUUUACAGAGGAAAUCGUGCACGGCGUGAUAUCGCUAGAAUGCAUUUUGCUGCCACAGUCAUUCAGAGGAAGUACCUUACUUACAAACAAAGGAAGCACUUUUUGUCCAUCCGAGCAGCUGUAGAAUUGUGUCAACAACGCUAUCGAUCCAUUUUGAUAGCACGACAUGUUCGGAGAGAUUAUAUUGCUAAACGCCAAGCUGCUGUUGCAAUCCAGGCAACUUUCAGGGGAAUGCAGGUCCGGCGACAGAUCCGGAGAGAGCACAAAGCUGCAACUAUCAUUCAGUCCCAUGUGAGAAAGCACCUCUUCAAGUUGCGCUUCCAGCGACUUCGUUGGGCAGCCUGUACUGUUCAGCAACAUUUCAGAGCUAACAAAAUGAUGAGGCAGGAGAUGACAGCACUACAGGAACAGAAGAAUGCUGCUUUGAUUCUGCAAGCAGCCUAUCGUGGCAUGAAGUCCAGACAGACUUUGAAGCAGUUGCAUCAGGCUGCCACCACCGUUCAGGCAACUUUCAGAGCUUAUAGUUCUCGAAAGAGGUAUUUAGCAAUGAAAUGCGCUGCCAUUGCCAUUCAGCAAAGGUAUCGUGCCGUAAAUGCAGCAAAACAGCAGAGAAAGCAUUUUCUUGAAAUGCGUCAAGGUGCACUUGUUCUGCAAGCAUGUUAUAGAGGUCUUAAAGUUCGGAGGAAACUACUAUUACAGUGUCAAGCAGCAGUUUUGAUUCAGUCUUAUUUUAGAAGACACAAAGAAAUGGUUAAGUACCGGGCCAUGAGGUUGUCAGCUAUCAUUAUCCAGAGCCAUUACAGGUCAUACAUCCAGGCUAAAGCAGAUCGGGAGAACUAUCUGCGUUUGAGAAAUUCUGCUGUAGUCAUUCAAGCAGCUUUUCGAGGACACUCUCUCAGGAGACAUUUAGCAGAACAGCAAAAAGCGUCUAUCAUCAUACAGGCUAGUUUCCGCAUGUACCAGCAAAGGUCAGCUUUUGAAAGACAGCGCUGGGCAGCCAUGGUUCUCCAGCAGAGGUAUAGAGCUUUGAAACUUCGAGACGAGCAUGUGAAUAGAUACCAGCUGGUGAGAAUGCUGCUGUAUGCCUGCAGAAGUCUUUUAGAGGGAUGAAGGGGAGAGAACUGGCCAGACGGACCAAGGCUGCAAGAACCAUUCAGUCCUACCUCAGGAUGUCUGUCCAAAGACAGCAUUUCAUUAAAGCAAAGGCUGCAGCAAUUGUGAUUCAGUCUGCAUACAGAGGCCAUUGCACCAGAGUUCAGCAUGCUAGGAUUCAAGCGAGCGCAAUGCUUAUCCAGAAGUGGUACAGAUCAUGUAAACUGGUCCAGAAAGAUCGGAAUGGUU